AUGAGCUACGAUCCGGAUACAGAAACAUGGAGAAACAUAGAAACCCCAGUUGAGUAUGAAUCAGAUUAUGUUCCUCCUUCUCUAGACGAAGUUGAUGAUGACAUGAGGAGUUCUCAGAAUUCACAGCCACAAAAUCGUAAGAGAAAGGUCAUUUCAGUUGAAGAUUCUGAUGAUGGUGAUGAUGAUGACGUUUUUGAAACUCAGAGAGAAGACUUCCCUGAAAGGAGAGUUGAUGGGAGAGCUAAUGCACCUCAGAAAAAGAAGGUGGUCUUUGGGGCUACAGUGAAAUCUAAUUCCCAACAGAAAAAGAAGAUGACGUUUGGGGCCAGAACUAAAAAUGGCAAAGGCAGUUCUUCUCAGAAAAAGAAGAAGGAUUUUGGUGUUGAUAAAGAAGAUGAGAUUGGCAUGUCAAGUCAGCCGAGUAGAAAGAAGAAGAAGAAAGGAAAGGCUAGUGAUAAGAUGCCAUCUUCGCAGAGUAAGAACAACACUGACAAGGAUGAGCGGGAUGAGAGUGAAAGUGACGAUGAGGAGGGAAGUGACACUGAGCAGCAGAAAGAGAGUAAGAAGCACUCACCAGUGUGGGAGGAUUUCGAUACAAUCAUUAAGAAAGAUGGAACACAGAAAGCACAAUGCAAGCAUUGUAACAAAGAAUAUGUGUUUCACUCCCACAAUACUGGUACAUCUUCUUUGAAGCGCCAUCAACAGAGAUGCUUGAUUACUAAGAGUAAGAAUGUGGCUAAUAUGUUGGUUACUGCUGAUGCCAAACUUAAAGCAAGGAAGAUUGAUCAGCAUGUUUUUCGCGAGAUGGUUGCUAAGUCAAUUAUUCAGCAUGAUCUUCCCUUUUCUUAUGUUGAAUAUGAAAGAGUCAGAGCUGUGUGGAAGUAUUUGAACGAUGAUGUGCAAGUGAUAAGUCGCAAUACCGCUGUCGCAGAUGUCAUCAAAUAUUAUGAGAAUGAGAAAGCUGCAUUGAAAAGGGAAUUGAGAAACCUUCCUGGUCGGAUUAGUUUCACUUCUGAUCUGUGGACCGCAGUGACUGACGAAGGCUAUGUGUGUUUGACAGCACACUACAUUGACAGAAAAUGGCAAUUGAAGAACAAGAUCCUAGUAUUCAAUGCUCUGCCACCACCACAUUCAGGUAUAAAGUUAGCUAUGCAUCUUCUUGAGAUGUUGAAAGAGUGGGGAAUUGAUAAGAAGGUGUUUUCACUCACCCUAGACAACGCUACUAGCAAUGAUUGUAUGCAAGAUAUCCUGAAAUCUCAGCUGGUUUUGCGUGAUGAUUUGUUGUGUGGAGGAGAAUUCUUUCAUGUUAGGUGUUCAGCUCAUAUCCUCAACUUGAUUGUGCAAGACGGUCUCAAAGUGAUUGGGAGUUCCUUGCAUAAAACCAGGGAGAGUAUUAAGUAUGUGACAGCUUCUGAAUCCCGUGACAUUCUUUUUAGAAGAAGUUGUGAAUCUGCCCGUGUAGAGGAGAAGAGAGAAUAG